GGAACAGUUGUUCCUGGCCAAGGACACGCAAGACCGUGCUUCAAUCGGCGGCCGGCGAUACCAAACAUCCCCUCUUGUAAAGACCAAAGAAUCGAUUGUAUUGCUGAAACAAUCUUCCGAAACUUGAUAACUCUGCUUCUUGUGUUUGCACGAAGAAAUGGGCGAGGGCGGCAAACGCAAAUCGCGGCAGGAAGAUGCUCCAGCGCCUCCAUCGCAUCGUAUACUGACUGCAGACGAGCUAGGACUGUUGAAGGUUUCGGAGGUCCCUGCUGGCGAUAAAUGGGAGGAGACUGCGGCGAAACAACGCUGGGGUGCUCCGGACAAGGCCCAGGGCAUUACACGGCUGCAGGUGCACUGCCCCGACUGGAGCUCAGACCGCUGCUUGGUGGCUGCGGCCCGCACCAGUGGGCGUGUCACGCUGCACGCGGGCAGUGACGGCGGUGAUGUGGGCUCCUUCCGCGCGGCGCCGCCCGCCUCCACCUCGGGUCGCUCGGACACGUCCACCAAUGCGGUGCAGGCGCUGCGGUUCACACAGGCGGAGGGGUCACACCAGCUGCUGAUCUCCACAGCCACAUUGGGCGGCCACGUCAGCGUGCACCGCUGCCCGCUGGAGGCGGCGCUGGCCACGGCGGCGGCGGGGCGGGUGGUGCAGACGUGGGAGGAAACGGUGCGGCUGCAGACCAUCGGCGACUUGCAAGCAAUGGACGUGAGCAGCAGCGGGCGCUACGUCGCGGUGGGCGGCGAGGGCCACCAGCUCAAAGUGUGGGACCUGGAGGCGGCAGGCAAGGCCGCAAAAGCAUCCUCCUCCUCAUCAGGAGCAGGGGCGGACGGGGCGGAUGGCGCAGUGGCCAAGGCGGGGGAGCCGCUGUUCGCGGGCAAGGCCGGCAAGCCCAGCCGCAGCGGGCUGCAGGACCUGGCGCACGUGACCGCGGUGGCGUUUGUGCCGGGGCAGGACGACAAGCAGGUGCUUGUGGGCACGGCCAAGCACAAGCUGUGGCUGUACGACAUGCGGGCGGGCCGCAAGCCGCAGGCGGAGCUGGUGUGGGGCGAGGGGCGCAUCACCACGCUGCAACCGCAGCCGGAUGGCUCGCGCAUCUGGGUGGGCAACGGCCGCGGCCACGUGGAGGCACUGGACAUGCGGCAGGCGCCCGCCAAGAUCUCCAUGGGCCACGCACUCAAGGGCGUGGCGGGCUCGAUCCGCGCCCUGGCGCUGCACCCCUCCGAGCCGCUGAUCGCGUCGGUGUCCCUGGACCGCCACCUGCGGGUGCACCACUCCACCAAGCGCAGCUCGCUGGCCAAGCUGUACCUCAAGCAGGCACUCACGGGCGUUGCGUGGCUUCCACCGCUGCCGGCCACGCCUGCCGAAGGCGCCGCGGACGAGGCAGAGGAGGCGCGGGCGGCAGAGGAGCAGGCGGAGGACCAGGAGGAGGAGCAGGACAACGGGCGCGGCGCUCGUGGUAAGGGCAAGCACUCCAGCCGGGACCAGGCGGGAGCCCGGUCCAAGCCCCAGGGGAACAAGAAGGAUAGCAAGCGGCGCAAGCAGUGAGGACGUUGCUGGUGUGGAGGUGGCGAGCGGCCUGUAGUGGAGCAGGGGCUUUCAGGAGCGGCGGCGAGCGGCACGUGGCGCUGGCGGCGCUGAAGGGCCAGUGGCGUGAUCAGGGCUGGGGUUUCGGGCGCGUGUAUCGUUGUGGAGGCAGGAACGGUGUGGCAAGCAAGCAGGCGAAGGCUAGGAGGCUUCUAGGAGGCUUCUUGCAGAUGUGGGUGGCGCCCUGGCAAACAGGCGAAGAGGGUGUCCCGACCUUGGUCACGAGUUCCCGACAAUGGGACUUCGUUGGUGCUGAGCCCGCAGGGCUGGCGGGGUCUGCCUUAUGUUACAAAUCUUCACCAGGCAUACGCGUUAAGAUGCAUCCACUGACUGUAACCGUCAGGUGUUAGCCAUACACUGCAGUCAUGCAUGUACAGGUGGCAGUUUGCGGGUAUGAGCCAGUGCGUGUUGCUGCAGUGGGUGUGCAGCACACGCGAAUGCGUGCGAGGCAGGCUGCAAUGCACUCGCCCACCAAAUCAAUGCCCCAUUGGGGUUCUGGGCCCCACAGAAACAAGAAAUUUCUGCCACGCACGACAACAAAUACUAUGCAACGUGAUGCGGCAUGCCUGCUUUACGCCAGCCAUGCGCUCUGGCACGACAUGCGGCUUGCUGGUAUGGACGUAGCAUUGUGUAGCACACCAUGGGUCCAGCCAUCCGCGGCCUCAGACAGGUCAGCUACGAAGGUUGAAAGACAUAUCAUAUCUAAACAUGUGGCCUUGUACGGCACGCGAUUGACCAAACUCCCGUUCCACACCAGGAUGGUCAAGCACGCCCUCCACACAUGCAACGAGUAAACACCUACCGCUA